AUGGAUUUUAUUGCACACCCAUCUCGGUUUUCUUCAUCUUCUUCGUUUUCAUUUGGGAAUUUCUUUGAGAGGAUCAAGGAAUUUUGCAACUUUGCGGUCUCUGCGAUUCUUGGGAACAUUUUCUCUGCGAUCUUCACCUUCUUCUUUGCAUUAGUGGGCACCAUGUUAGGAGCUAUGACUGGAGCUUUGAUAGGCCAAGAGACUGAGAGUGGAUUUGUAAGAGGGGCUGCUGUUGGAGCCAUAUCAGGAGCUGUUUUCUCUAUCGAAGUGUUUGAAUCUUCCCUUAUUCUUUGGCAAUCAGAUGAGUCCGGAAUUGGGUGUCUUCUGUAUUUGAUUGAUGUCAUUGCAAGUCUCCUAAGCGGUAGACUAGUCCGCGAACGGAUCGGUCCAGCCAUGUUAAGUGCAGUGCAAAGUCAGAUGGGUGCAGUUGAAUCAAGCUUUGAUGAGAUCCCCAAUAUCUUUGACACUGGUGGGUCCAAAGGGUUGCCUGGAGAUUCAGUUGAAAAGAUCCCAAAGAUCAUUAUUACUAGCAACAAUAAUGUGGAUGCUUCUGGGGAGAAAGUCUCUUGUUCAGUUUGCCUUCAGGACUUUCAGCUUGGAGAGACAGUUAGAAGUUUGCCCCACUGCCAUCACAUGUUUCAUCUACCUUGUAUAGAUAAGUGGCUCCUGCGGCAUGGUUCAUGCCCACUAUGCAGAAGGGAUCUGUGA